AUGUACGGCUACCAGCUUGCAAAGGAGAUGGAGAAGAAGAGCGGAGGUUACUUCCACCUGAAAGAAGGGACUCUGUACCCCGCCCUACACAGGCUUGAGCGCGACGGCCUGAUCGAGGGGCACUGGGAGCUGUCCCAAUCGGGCCAGAGUCGCCGGUACUACCACGUCAGCACCCGGGGCAUGGACCGCCUCGACGCCAUGCUCGCCGAAUGGAACACGUUCUCGGACGCCGUGAACCGGAUCGCUCGACCCGUCAGCCUCCCUGCCUACGUGGCCUGA